AUGAUCAAUUGGUAUUUACAGCAACAUGGAAGCUUCAGUAGUGGCGGUCGUUCACGUGACAUUUCGUUAACACACUUUCCAUCUACUCAGAAGUUGACAGAGUAUUUAGUUCAUAAUAUUAACGAUAACUAUAAACAAGUUGCUGUUACUAGUACACAAUAUAAUCUAUUUGAUCUAUGUCGAGUGGCAAUUGAAGAAUCAAACAAAUUAUUAGCAGCUAAUAUUGAUGAAAUUCGUCGAGUUACCAGUCGUCAUAUCUGGCCUCCUAAUCAUAAACUCUUGAUGGGAUUCUUGUUAAAUGCUCACAUCGUUGCCACGUGUCAUGAUGAAUUUGCAUCAAAUGUAGAAGCACAACGCGAAGAAGAACAAGAAAAUGAGGACACCAACUAUUGCUUGAUUACUCAGUUAGGAAACCAUCCCACAGAUGUCAAAUUCUUACGUGGUACCAACUCUGUACGAGAAGAGAUUUUGCAAAGAUUCAAGCAUCCAUUUGGAACGAAUUCUGCACCUUCACAAGAACAAAUUGAUUUGUUUCUUCACAAAAGUCAGACAUCAUCAAUACAACAAUUUUGUAAUUAUGCAACAGGCCAUGCUUGGCAACACCUCGGUAGUAAUUCAUUACAUGGCGUUCUUGUUGAUUUUAUUAUUGCUAGUGAGACGUUGUUCUUUAACGAGGAAUUAAAAGCAAUUUCAUUUGACACAAGAAUUUCAGAAUUCAAGAAAUGA